AUGGCGCCUGUCCUCGUCAAAUCUCUCAAUAGACUGUCACGAGAAGCAGUGAUCGAUCUUGCGCUGAAAUGGCUACAACCAAAUCGCACGUCCACGCCCUACCUCUUGAGCAAUCGCAGACUAUUCGAGGCCGAUGAGGAAGACUAUCUGCACACUCCAGCCAAGAGCAUCGAAGCCCUGCGCACGAUAUAUCAUCAACUCAAGGAAGAGAGCACACAUAUUUCCAAGCGGGAUGUCAUUGACCGGAUCGUUGAUGGCGAUUGGCGCAGAGGACUGUCAUUACAACAACAUGCGAUGACUGACUUUGCAUACCUGGAACAAAAUGACACUGCCCUGAGAUGGAGCGCCCUUCGACUUGUGCCCCUUGAAGCAGAAGAGCAGAAACUCCCUGGGGACGACGAAUCUCAACCUCCGACAAAGAGGCGCAAACUAAGCAACCAUGAAAACAACCUCAAAUAUCCGCAAGUCUCUGCUCAGGCCUUCGUGUCCGCGCUCAAGGAGGAAAUCUCUCCUCUGGUCAAAGCAGACUACCACCUUCACCGAAUGCCUCCACCGUAUAAGCUCGACAUAAUUCGACUUUACAUCACACCACAUGCGGCAUUCGGGCCUACGCGGUCAACUAUUCCCCGACGUGCCAAAUAUGCCACAGAUGCGGGGAGAGUUAUGUACAUCGCACUUCCUGACAGCUGCCCCAACGUUUACAUCUCCUUGUCCGGUUCCUCGGGUUCGAGCGGGAGGGCCAAAGGUGCCAGAGACUCGAAGGGUAGAGCCAUGGCGAAAGUGGAUAUCGCGGCCAUGAAGAAGAUCGUCCUAGAAGCAAUACCAAAGGCGCUGUCUCGGCCACAAGAAAGAUGGGCACUCGAAUCAACAAAACUCACCGCAAGGUCCCUCCGCAGCAUUUGUGAACUGAGAGGCAACCAAAGGCCUGGAACAGGAGGAGGGGCAUACAGCGCCUUUGCAGGGGACAGUCAAACUCCAAAUCAGAGCCCGGUCGACGUUCAAAUUCGUAAGGAAGUCGAAACGCGCGAUGAGAGGCAAAUACUUGUUGAAAAGCGGUUUGGUCAGAUGACGGGGAAGCGCCACGCUCCGCUGGACCGGGUGCACGUAAAAAUCAAUAAUGUGAUCCCAAAAGAUCUGGAGGGUUAUUCAGAGUGGGGAGAAGAACAAACAGGAGAUAUUGGUCUCACGUUUUCAGGCGGCGAUGUGUUCUCGGGAUUGAAAAAUCUUGCACAGUUGGAGCCAGGUUAUGUUGAUCUGGAUAAGCUCCCUGCUUGGAUGACUGGCGAAUUAGGAGUUAGUAGCCUGGCUGUUUAG